AUGGAAGACGUGAAAGCUGGAGAUGUAAGCAUUGAUGCCAUCAGUUCCGUCUUUUCUGAUUAUGGUUUCGUACAAAAAAUUUCAACGUUCGAAAAGAGUGCAGGUUUCAAGGUUAGCGAAUCAGCUUUGAUUCAGUAUGCUGAUAUUAAAACUGCUUCUUCUGCUAAAGAGGCACUGGACGGAAAAAGCAUACCUAGGCAAGCAAUAUGCUUUUACAUUUCCUCAUUAAUUUGUUCAUCUUCAUCACGAAUUGAUUUUGGUGAUCAAUUGCUUGAUAAAUCUUAA